AUGCAACGCUCACCUCCUAAUAAGCGUCACGAUUCUGAUCCAGAUUUAUCGAAUAUAAGCAUAAGAAAGCGAAAGAACGAUCAUGAUAUCACAGAAUCGUUCCAAACAUUUACGGAUACUAUAUUUAAAAAAAUGGAUAGCUGGAAAACAGAGUUUGAUAAAAAUCUUUCACAAAUAAACCACACAUUAAAUGAUAUAAUUAAAAAAGAUCUAACAAAAUUAAAAGAAGAUUCUAUGGAAUUGAAGACAGAGAUAAAAAAUGCUCGGAAGGAAUAUACAGAAGUAAAAGCAAGUGUCGCAGUACUCAGUGCACAACAAUCCGAAAUGCAAAAAGAUAUAAUCACACUUCAAAAAUCAGUGCAGUUUAACUCUGACUGGCAUGAUGAAACCACCAAAAAGAUUGAAGUCCUAUCUGAGCACACAAAGAAAACCGACAACCUCAAAUCGGAAAUUAAUAAUCUCAAACUACAAAAUCAACAAUUAAAUCGACAAAUGAACAUUAAUGAACAACGUGACCGACUGCUAAAUGUGGAACUUGUCGGCAUACCAGAAUCAAUCAACGAGGACCUAAAUGAUACCAUCUUCAAAAUAUGUAAACACAUCGGAGUUGCAAUCAAUAUAAAUGACAUUCUGCAGGUUAACAGAGUAUCUCCAAAAGUAAAAUUGCCAGGUCGAUCGAGGGUGAUUAUUGCCAAAAUGAAAUCAAGACUCCUGAAAGAUAACCUAAUAUCUCUAUCGCGUAAAAAUCGUCUAAGCACUGAGGACAUUGGGCUAGCAGGUGAAAGCAGACCAAUUUUUAUUAACGAGCACUUAACCUCUCACAAUAAGCAGCUCCUAAAAAAGUGCAAAGAUUUUGCUAAAUUGAAUCAGUACCAGUUCGUCUGGACAAAAAACGGAAGAAUUUUCGUACGAAGAAACGAUACAUCUCCUGGCCUACAAAUUUUCGACGAGGAGGAUCUCAAGAAAAUUAUCACCAAACAAUAG